GAAAAACCAUUGACAAAAUCUCUACAACGUGGAGAAGAUCCCCAAUUUGACCAAGUCAUCAACUCAAUGAGCUCCCUUUCUGAAUACUGCCUGCCUUCCAUUCUGCGUACAUUAUUUGACUGGUAUAAAAGACAAAAUGGCAUUGAGGAUGAAUCACAUGAAUACAGGCCAAGAACAAGCAAUAAAUCAAAAAGUGAUGAACAACAGCGAGAUUAUUUAAUGGAAAGACGGGACCUCGCCAUUGAUUUUAUUUUUUCUUUAGUAUUAAUAGAAGUUUUGAAACAGAUUCCACUUCAUCCUGUAAUAGACAGUCUAAUACAUGACGUUAUUAACUUGGCUUUCAAGCACUUUAAGUACAAAGAAGGGUACCUUGGUCCUAACACUGGCAAUAUGCACAUUGUGGCAGACCUGUAUGCGGAAGUCAUUGGCGUGUUGGCACAAGCUAAGUAA